AUGGCUCCCACCAACGACCACAUCCUCACCCUCUCGUGCCCGGACCGCCCGGGCAUCGUCCACGCCGUCACCGGCCUCUUCGCCAGCCAGGGCCACAACAUCGCCGACCUGCAGCAGUUCUCCGACACCACCUCGAACCGCUUCUUCAUGCGCGUCCACUUCGCCCAGAGCCCCUCGGCCCCCGCCGCCGACUCGGUCGACCACCUGCAGCCGCUCUUCGCCGCCCUCGCCGCCGAGUACGCCAUGGACUUCCGCAUCCAGCCCUUCGCCCAGAAGACGCGCGUGCUGCUCAUGGUCUCCAAGAUCGGCCACUGCCUCAACGACCUCCUCUACCGUAUGAAGGCCGGCCAGCUCGCCAUCGAGGUGCCCCUCAUCGUCUCCAACCACCCGGACUUCGAGCCCCUCGCCGCCAGCUACGGCAUCCCCUUCUUCCACCUCCCCGUCAACGCCGCCACCAAGCCCCAGCAGGAGGCCCGCAUCCUCGAGCUCGUCCGCGAGCACAGCGUCGAGCUCGUCGUCCUCGCCCGCUACAUGCAGAUCCUCUCCCCCGUCCUCUGCGACGCCCUCCCCGGCCGCAUCAUCAACAUCCACCACUCCUUCCUGCCCUCCUUCAAGGGUGCCAGGCCCUACCACCAGGCCUACGACCGCGGCGUCAAGAUCAUCGGCGCCACCGCCCACUUCGCCACCGUCGACCUCGACGAGGGGCCCAUCAUCGAGCAGCAGGUCUCCCGCGUCAACCACGGCAUGGACCCCAAGGACCUCACCGUCGCCGGCUCCAACACCGAGUGCCUGACCCUCGCCACCGCCGUCAAGUGGUACUCGGAGCGCCGUGUCUUCCUCAACGGCAUCAAGACCGUUGUCUUCUCCUAG